AGUCCCAUCCCCGAGCGGGGCGAUCUCAGUUGCAGAAUGCACACAUGUUUUGAUGUCUACCGCUGUGGCUUCAACCCAAAGAACAAAAUCAAGGUGUAUAUCUACUCUCUGAAAAAGUAUGUGGAUGACGCUGGCGUCCCCGUCAGCAGCACCAUCUCGCGGGAGUAUAAUGAACUGCUCACGGCCAUCUCCGACAGUGACUACUACACUGACGACAUCACCCGGGCCUGCCUGUUCCUGCCGUCCAUCGACGUGCUGAACCAGAACACGCUCCGCAUUAAGGAGACGGCGCAAGCACUGGCCCAGCUCUCCAGAUGGGAUCGCGGUACAAACCAUCUGCUGUUCAACAUGUUGCCUGGCGGUCCCCCAGAUUAUAACACAGCUCUGGAUGUCCCCAGAGACAGGGCUCUGUUGGCUGGUGGUGGCUUUUCCACAUGGACUUACCGGCAAGGCUACGAUGUCAGCAUACCUGUGUAUAGUCCGCUGUCAGCUGAGGUGGACCUUCCAGAGAAAGGACCAGGUCCUCGGCGAUACUUCCUGCUGUCAUCGCAGAUGGCUCUCCAUCCCGAGUACCGAGAGGAACUGGAAGCCCUCCAGGCCAAACACGGGGAGUCAGUGUUAGUACUCGAUAAAUGCACCAACCUCUCCGAGGGCGUCCUUUCCAUCCGGAAACGCUGUCACAAGCACCAGGUCUUCGAUUACCCCCAGGUGCUGCAAGAGGCUACUUUCUGUGUGGUCGUUCGUGGAGCUCGGCUGGGCCAAGCGGCACUGAGUGACGUGUUACGGGCUGGCUGUGUCCCGGUUGUCGUUGCAGACUCCUAUAUUUUGCCUUUCUCUGAAGUUCUUGACUGGAAGAGAGCGUCUGUGGCUGUGCCAGAAGAAAAGAUGCCAGACGUGUACAGUAUAUUGCAGAGCAUCCCCCAAAGACAGAUUGAAGAAAUGCGGAGACAGGCGCGGUGGUUCUGGGAAGCAUACUUCCAGUCAAUUAAAGCCAUUGCCUUGGCCACCCUGCAGAUUAUCAAUGACCGGAUCUACCCAUACGCUGCCAUCUCCUAUGAAGAAUGGAAUGACCCUCCGACUGUGAAGUGGGGUAGCGUGAGCAACCCACUCUUCCUCCCCCUGAUCCCACCGCAGUCUCAAGGUUUCACUGCCAUUGUCCUCACCUAUGACCGAGUGGAGAGUCUCUUCCGGGUCAUCACUGAAGUGUCCAAGGUGCCCAGUCUAUCCAAGCUGCUCGUCGUCUGGAAUAAUCAGAACAAGAACCCUCCAGAAGAGUCUCUCUGGCCCAAAAUCCGGGUUCCGUUAAAAGUUGUGAGGACGGCAGAAAACAAGUUGAGUAACCGUUUCUUCCCUUAUGACGAAAUCGAGACGGAGGCCGUCCUUGCUAUUGAUGAUGAUAUCAUUAUGCUGACCUCUGAUGAGCUGCAGUUUGGUUAUGAGGUCUGGCGGGAAUUCCCUGACCGGUUGGUGGGUUACCCGGGUCGCCUGCAUCUCUGGGACCAUGAGAUGAAUAAGUGGAAGUACGAGUCUGAGUGGACCAAUGAAGUGUCCAUGGUGCUCACAGGGGCAGCGUUUUAUCACAAGUAUUUCAAUUACUUGUAUACCUACAAAAUGCCUGGGGAUAUCAAGAACUGGGUGGAUGCUCAUAUGAACUGUGAAGACAUCGCCAUGAAUUUCCUGGUGGCUAACGUCACGGGGAAGGCUGUCAUCAAGGUAACACCACGCAAGAAAUUCAAGUGUCCUGAGUGCACAGCCAUUGAUGGGCUUUCGCUAGACCAGACACACAUGGUGGAGAGGUCUGAGUGCAUCAACAAGUUUGCAUCAGUCUUUGGGACGAUGCCUCUGAAGGUGGUGGAGCACCGAGCUGACCCUGUCCUGUACAAAGAUGACUUUCCUGAGAAACUGAAGAGCUUUCCCAACAUCGGCAGCUUGUAAACCCGCCCCGGUGGAGGUCUGAAGGUUAAGCUUGGACAAAGGAUGAGAAUGCAGCCUCCACGUACUGGAUCUUGGCCUGUAUACCCCCCAACGUACUUCCUCAAGAUCAGGAACCCAGAGAGAAGAUCGAAGCACCCUGAGCUGUGCAUCCUCUGCUCUCGGGUUUCUUAGGAUCUCCAACCGGUGCUUUUUGAAAAUGCCGAACAGAAACCUGGCAUGCUCCAGGUUUACAUCCAGCUCAGGCUCCCUUUGUUUCCAGUUCCAACGUAACAGUCCAAAGGGGAACUCCCUGACUGUAGGACUGCUGAGGAGAGAAACCCACCAGGCCACGUUAGGUUUGGGGAAUCAUGGGAUAGGUACCCAUACCUCACUUUUAGUUACGUCAAAUCAGUGAGCUCUUUGGAGGAAAAGCCAAGCCCAGAAUUUGGUGCAAAAUGCAAACAUCGUAAUGGGAUUUGAUGUGUGCCUUGGGCCCCGGGGCCCUGGACUCUUGCACCGAAGAGCACCAACUGCUAAAUUGGGGUCCUAUAAGCUCCAUGAACUGUUCCUCUUUGGUGUGACUUUUUGAUAUGAUUAAAAUUGUUUUUUAUUCCUUUUUCUA